AUGGCCGACCAUGUCCCAAGAAUAGCUAUGUGGACAGGGCUUCGCCAGCAUCUCGUCAAGCUCACCUCCCAUUUCUUGAGAAGCGCCUCCGACUACAUCCGCUUCCGCGCCGUCUGCAAGUGUUGGCGUUCCGCCGUCCUCCCCCGGCCCCGUCACCUCCCCGCUCAGCUCCCCUUCCUCCUCUACCUCUCUACCCCGGAACCAAGAAACAGUUCCGCCUUCUGCCUCGCCAACGCCUUUAAUGGAAGCAUGCGCCGCCUACCUCACACCACCAGCAUGUAUUGCAUCGGCUCCUCUUACGGGUGGCUCAUCCUCAUCUCCGAAGUCACCUCCGCGGACGGCAUCGGAUCUUACUUCAUCAAAACGGACUACCCCAACAUUCCGGUCGAGUCCAACGCCAUCGUCGACAAGGCCGUCUUGUCCUCCGACCCUACCCUCGACCGGGACUUCGUGGCAAUCGUCUUCCUCGACGGCAUAUACAAGCGCUGCUUUACCUGCCGCCCAGGGGACAGAUCGUGGAAGGACAACGUCAACGAACCUUUCGAUUAUCUCCAUUGGAUUUUCCCAGGAGUGCCGCAGGUGUUCAACCUGACUGACGCCGUGCCCUACGGCGAGCGGAGGUUGUGCGCUGUCUACAAUGACAAAAAUUACUUAGCAGUCUUCGACGUCGACCCAGGCCCGCCGGGGAGGGCGACGAUGAUCGCAUGGAACUCCAUGCCGCCCUGCGUGCCGCGCGGUGGUUUACCCACCUACUUGAUCGGGUCGGCUGGAGAACUACUCCUGGUUACCGAGUUCUACAAGAGGAGUGCAGCCAGGAAGAACACCAGGAGCUUCCGCGUCUUCAGGCUCGAUCCAGGCGACGGAGACCGGCCAGCGAAGGCGAUCGAAGUGCAGGACAUCGGCGACCGUAUUUUUUGGGUACGAGCCAUUCGGUGUGCGUCGCCGGCAGGGGACUUCCCAGGGUUCCUGGGGAAUGCCAUCUACUACGUGAAGGAAGAGAAGAUGAGUUUGGAGGGGGAAGAUACCCUGGUGUCGACCGUGAGCGUGGUCAACCUGGAAAAUGGUGAGAUCACGGAGGUUAUCGAUUCCGGCGGGUCUGAGCCGGAUGAGCUCGAGUGGCUGUCGGACCGGUUGGACAUCCCCUGGUGA